CCCCCGGGGUCCGCCCACUCCGUCCCGGGAACGCGCGCGGUCUGCUGAACGCGGGCCCGUUCCCGCGUCCGGUGCAGUAGGUUCGCCUCAGGCCCGGGCCGUGGGCGAACCAGCCGCCAUGGAGGGGGAUGUCCCCGCCGCCGCCGCCGCCGCCGCCUGGUACCAGCCGGCCAGCCCCCCGCGGGACGCCUGCGUUUACAGCAGCUGCUACUGUGAAGAAAAUAUUUGGAAGCUCUGUGAAUACAUCAAAAACCACGACCAAUAUCCCUUAGAGGAGUGUUAUGCAGUCUUCAUAUCUAACGAGAGGAAGAUGGUACCUAUUUGGAAACAACAGACGAGACCUGGAAGUGGACCUGUGAUCUGGGAUUACCAUGUUGUUUUGCUUCAUGUUUCAAGUGGAGGACAGAGCUUCAUUUAUGAUCUUGAUACUGUUUUGCCAUUUCCCUGCCUCUUUGACGCUUACGUAGAAGACGCCUUUAAGUCUGAUGAUGACAUUCAUCCACAGUUUAGGAGGAAAUUUAGAGUAAUCCGUGCAGAUUCAUACUUGAAGAACUUUGCUUCUGACCGAUCUCACAUGAAAGACUCCAGUGGGAACUGGAGAGAGCCUCCUCCACCAUAUCCCUGCAUCGAAACUGGAGAUUCCAAAAUGAACCUGAAUGAUUUCAUCAGUAUGGAUCCUGAGGUAGGAUGGGGAGCUGUCUACACACUGUCUGAAUUUGUACAUCGGUUUGGCAGUAAAAACUACUGAACUUGACAUUAGGAUGUGGAACUUUGGAGAAAUUCUAGGACAUGAACAAGCUAUCUCUUCAUUUAGGAUAGCAAACAUUAUAGUACAGUUGGCUUAAAAUUAUGUUUUUCUCUUUUAAUUCAAUUGAGUGGAAACAUGAGUGAAUACAAAUAUUACAAGUGAACUAUAUAAUAACUUUUUUUUGGAUAUGUCAAGUUGAAACUUGAUGUAGUAUAUAAUUGCUAAGAUAUUCCCGUGGAUCAUUUGUUAAAACAUGUGACGACUUAUGCCAGUGAUCGUUUUGUUAAGAUAGAGGUGUGGGCUUAGAGCCAGACCCUCAUGUCUGUUCUGGAUGUUUUGUGUCUCUCCAGCUACAUUGUAAGCUCCUUGAGGGCAGGGCUGUGGGUCAUUGCUCUGUGAAUCUCUAAUGACUGUGAAAGGUGCCCAUAAAAUGUUUUCUGGUGAAUGUGCUAUUGCUUGAAAAGGGAUGAUAUUGUGAGCUGAAUCAGCAGUCAGUAUUAGUCUUUUUGGACUAUGCUAUUGUUAAAAAGAUUGCAGCCCUCUCAGACUUGAGUGUUAUUUGGCCUGUUUAUAUAUGGUUUUCAAUAAAAUUGAUUUAAAAUU